AUGGCAGCAGCAGCACCGGCGGUUAUCCCCUCCCCUUCUGUACUGGAUUCCUUAUCCAGCAAUGUCAACCUAGUCGGUGGUCUUUGGUUUGUCUCCUCGGCCUUAUUGACGACCUAUUCAACAACUAGCUUUUUGAAAUACCAACAUGCCGAUUCAGAUUCCUGCAAAAUACAUGUACCAAACCGACUGCAUCUGCCAAGACCACAAUUGCUCACACUCUUUCGAUUUGGAGGAUCCUUACUACUGGGAUUACUACUCCAUCCAGAUGUGCACUUGAUAUCACGCAUCCGAGCUACAAUGGCGACUAUACCAGAUUUUGUGCUACCAGCAGCCUUUCUCACUAUUGCCAACUAUGCCAAUUCCAUUGCGCUCAAUCGCAUUGGAAUAUCCCUCACAUACACGAGCAAAUGCGCCAUUCCCAUCUUUACCGUGCUGCUCACGUAUCUUCUGGAUGGACCCACGGCAUUGCCGGCAUUACCGACAUUACUGUCACUGGUUCCGAUUGCCGGUGGCAUUGCCUUAGCAUCCUGGGAUUCCCCCGUCUUUGAAGCCAAGGGAUUCUCCUUUGCCAUGAUUUCAUCGUCGGCACAAACCGCCCUCAAUGUCUGUAGCAAAAAGGCAUUGGCCAAAACGGGUCUCUCGGGAGCCGAAGGACAACGGGCCAUGGUUGCUGUUGGGCUCGCCAUUACGGCCGUCUUGUUUUUACUCCAAAAACAACCCGAGCAUUGUGUGGACGACGAAAUUCCUCCUCCAUCCUGGUUGUCGCUGUUGGCCGUCACGGCAUAUCACUUGGAAUACGUUCUGUCGUUUACAUUUGUGCGCAUGGUCGCUCCCGUGGCGUACGGUGCCAGUGAUGCGGUCCGACGCUUGGCCAUAAUCAUUUCCGGCCAUUACAUGUUUGGUCACGAUCGUUUUACGACCGUCAAUGUGCUCGGGAUUGCCACGGCAUUGGUCGGAGCGAUGGCUUAUGCCAUUACCAGUCAUGCCUUUUAA